AUGGUGUCCGAAACUCAUCAUCCUGAAAAUAUGAAAUCCAAGCAAGUAGUACCUCAGAAUGCACAAGAAACAGGUGAAGAUGUGGCAUUGCGAGCAGAAAUAGCUCGUUAUCGUGAACAACAUGGUGAACUACUCGAACGCUAUGAAAAACUCAUUGAAGAAAUGAAAAAAAAAAUCGAUUCAUUUGAAGAUCUCGCCGAACACGAUAAGGAGUCGAUGAAAAUUCUCAUCGAGCUAGCUCCACUUACUCCACCCCUUCCAUUGAAAGGAAACAACAUUGGUCUCUUUGGUUCGACAUUCACUGGAAAAUCGACCAUGCUCAAUGCUCUUCUUGAUCAAAAUGUUGCUCCAACAGGUGUUGGUGAAAUAACAACUGAAAUUAAAGCAUACCAAGGAUCAACUUUCACACUUUGGGAUAUUCCUGGUCGAAAUGAUGAAUUAUCUUAUUUAAGUAUGGAAUAUAUAUCUUUUUUCAAGGGUCUUACACGACGUUUAAUUCUGAUUCAAGCGACAGUAAAAGAAAAUUCGAGUAUGAUGAAAUUAUUGGAUGAACUUGGAUUAGAUUAUGAUAUUGUUUUUAACAAAUUUGACAAAGUCGAUGAAGAAGAACGUACAGAAGUACAAAAACAAAUCCGAUCUGAAAUACAACUAAUCGGGCUUAAACAAGUUAAAAAUGUAUUUUUUGUCAGUGCAAAACAUCCGAAAAUGUUCUCCGAUCGGAUGACUAUGGUUCAUCAUCUUAACACUCAUUCUACUUGA